GACGCGUCUGCGACGCGCUCGCCGCUUCCAGUCGGUGGCUUCAUCUUCUGCAACGACGCGACCGAGAGCCGACACAGCAUAACGCGAUGGCGAGCUUUGCAUCCUCGCCCGCACCUCGUCGCACCGUCGCGAGACAUACUCCCACACGUCAAUCUCCGCCUGUUCGAAGGAAACGAGCAAGCCAAACGCCUGGACCCUCUCGCCUCGCCACUCCCUAUGCAGGUCGUCAUCCAGACCGCCUGUCCUCUGUCAUGGACGACGAGUCCGAAAAGUCCGGCAUGGACGUGGACGACGACACGGAAAUUCGUGGACUGAAGCCCGAGACCAUCUUCGCGAAGUCGCCGGAGCUUACCGCCACAUUCUACUCUCAUCUUCCAGUCGAGGUGAAGCAGGUGCUGAAAACAGCAGACUUCCUCCGGGACGCCUAUACUGGCACUGUGGAUGCGUUCACCGGAUAUGCUGUGGUUUCUUCACAACAAACAUGUUUUGUUUGGAAGUAUGCCCAGGCAUUGACGGGCACCCCGACUUGCUACAUCUUUCUUUGCCCCACAGGUGGCACCAGCUACCCUAUGGACACACCCUUCCAUGUUCUUGUUCCGCAUGGCCCGUCUCGUGAACCCGGACUUAUCAUCAUAUCUCCGAGAGGUCAAGUACGUUUCUGGGAUGGCCUUGGUCCUGGUCUUUCUGGUGGAGAUAGCUUCGCGUUUUCGAUCAUUGAAAUGGAGGAUGGUGAGACAGUGACCGCACUGACGCGCGCCGACCCGCACACAUACCUUGUCUCAACUUCCUUCGGUAAACUCUGGCGUCUCACCCUGACCGCCAGUGGGGGUGGACACAGUCUGAACUUUCACCGGUUUGGCCGCUCUCAAUCAGGACUCUCGCUCACGCGUAUCAUUCCUGGGCUUUGGUCUGCACCCAAGCUCACACCUCAGCCGGGCUACGUGAAUAGCAUCGCCAUUGGCGAGCGAACCUUGGAUGGCUUGGGUCAAGAUAUCUGGGCAAUUGUCGACCUGCGUGUUCAAAGGUGGAACAUGUCAUUCGAAGGAUGGGAGGAACUGCUCCUCGAGAAGGAUGUAUCCGGCAUCACUGGUGCGGCCAUCAGACAGGCAUUCCCAACUGCUCCAGCGGACGAUGCAGAACUGAAUCUUGAGCUGCUGGACUUGAAAAUGGAUGGUUCAAAGGACCUGAUCGUUCUAAUAUCUUAUGCGGGCGAAGAAGACCCUACAGCAAUGGAUGUGGGCAAUAACCCUAGACGAAUCUACGCUAUCGUUCGGCUACAAAGUACCGCAGACGGCUUCAAAGUAAAGACUGUACGAGCGGUGCCAUACCAGAGUAUCUCGACCUCCGGCGCCCCUAUGCACCCUCGAUUACAGCGCAUUCAUAACGGCGAAGUGUUUGCCAUCCAGUUCGGCGACGCCGUGACCAUCUGCGCCAUAGAUGCGGAGUAUAUGGACAGACUCAUGCUAAAGUCUGCUACUGACCGCACGCUGGGUGUCGGGGUGAUUGACGGAGAAAGCGAACUGCUUAUUCUCACCGCCGCUACCUUGAUGAAAGCCUACAUCAAUAUGAAACGUGUGGCUGAAUUUGAACCUAAGACGGGUCGGGCCGACCUCAUUCAGUCUACAAUGACACAAGCAAUUCUCUACGGUUCUCAUCCAGAGAACCCCCUGCAUUUCAGUUUCCCGCCAGAGAUUGACGCAGAUGCUCUGAUGUCUGGAGCCGAGCAACUCAGUCUAGCCGUGUUACAAUCAGACUCAGAGAUUGUGCGGCCCAAUCACGAUUUGCAGGCGCAGAUGGUCGGCCGUAAAGAAAGACUACAGUUCCUCAUCCGCUUUAUCAAUGAGAAUGGUGUCUUAACGAAGAUGUCCCAGCGUAGCCGACAGAAGCUGGCUACAAAUGACGAGAAGCUCUAUGCAGCGCGUCAGCUCUGGUCCCGUCAUGCAGAGUUCAUUGGGACGGACCAUCCGCGCACAGUGUUGUAUGAUGCUGUGUACGCUUACAUGGAGUCUGUCGAGGAGGGCUACCAUGAAGACUACGUCAGGGCCUUCUUCCGACUGAAGGUCCACGACAUUGGCGGCCUUCUCCCACAUGUCAUGGAGACUGUCCGCCAGGCGUCGCGCGAACACUCCCAGAGCCUGUUUGACGACAUCUGGCAGGCGGACGAGAUCGUCCUUACGAUCCUCCAGUCAGCACUUGAUCACCGCGACCUGAAUAAGGGGGUAUAUGGCCUCGAGUAUCCACUCAUCGAUCCAUGGACGAGUCAUCUUACGGCAUGCAACAUCGUGGCGGAACUAUUUGGCACUACGGACAAGCUCGUCGAAACGCCGACAGCAGAUCCGGAUGCAGCGGAGUCUAAGAGUCGACCAAGAUCACAGCUCCCAGAGUUGGCUGUCUUGCUCUUCACUUGCAUACAAGAGCACCUCGAUUGGCUUAAAAGCCCCCUCGCGCAUGAUAUAAUCGCGGAAGCAGAUCAGCAACAGCAGGACGUCGAGGACAAGUUCCGACAAUUGCGGCCCGCCGUCCUAGAGACACUACGACGACAUGGAUUCGCAAGUCAGGCAUUCCAGCUGGCAGAGCAGUACCGGGACUUCCGCAGUCUUGCGUCGCUGUGCAACAAAGAUACUCUUUACCCUCCACAGGACAACCCGAAUGCGGCGCGGAUCCGGUUGUACGUCGACAAGUUCAAGCAGGACUUCACGACGGAGUUGUAUCGAUGGUACAUCGAACAUGGGGAGUUGCGGACGCUGUUUGCGCAAGAACACGAUCAGUACCUUGACGAGUUCUUCGCCGAGAACCCUCAGCCGGACAUCUCGUGGGUGCAUGACCUUGGCCAGGCACGAUAUGGCCCCGCAUCGGACGCACUGCUUCAUGUGGCAAGCCAUGCGAGUGAGCUCGAGGUCAAACAUCUUGUGCUUAGUAUCGGGAAGCUCUCGCAGCUUGCGCAACUGCACGAGGAGAACGGUAUAGUCAACCAGGAUGUCCUGGAUGCGUUCCAUGAUGGCCUUGACUUCGUCAGCGUACAUGAAACAUUGCUUGAAGAUCUCAAGUCCGCCCUCGCCUCUCUGCGCGGCAAGCAGCCGUUAGAGAUACAGAUCGAGACCAUUACGCAGGCGAAAGUGUCGAAAGUGUUCGAUUGCGUGGCAUUGCAAAACGUCUUCCGCCUCCUCGUCCGCCAGCUACUACAGGGCAAGGCGUUGUCUGCAGAAGACGUUGCUGACGUCCUCAGCUUAAAGGAUAACACAUCGAGUCCGGAGGGUUUUGCGACUGCUCUGCAGAUCCUAGCUCGCGCGCAAACCAUCCCUGAUGCGCGGAAGGUAUCCGCCUUCCGCAGCGUCUGGAGGCGGAUCUACAUCCAUGACGACUGGGAAACCAUCCGCCAUACUGUCACCGUCUCCGACGCCGAGCUCAACGCGCGCUUCCGGGGCACCGCGCUCUACGCCGCACUCCAAGCGACGCUACUCGCGCCGCACCCGCCCACAGGCUACGUCUCCUCGCCCACCGAGGCACUCACUGUGCCCGACCCGGCCGAGAUCGCGCUGCGCUGGCCGGGCAUGUCGCCCGACGAGGUCGAGGCGGUUGCGGACGACUGUCUGAGGGAGGCGGAGUAUUUGGGGGCACUGAACUUGGAAGGGAUGUACCAGAGCAUGCGGGAAUUGGUUGCGGAGGAUGCGGGUGCGAUGUAGCCAUACUUACAGCAAGUCUCGUCCCAUACCGUUUGAGGCCAUAGUGUACGUAGUGUCUGCGAAAGGGGAAUGAACGUCUGUGUUACCCUUUCUAUCCCCGUUGCUACUGUUGCCUCCCGCCCCCAAACGGAUCCGCGAUCCUCUCCAUCGCCCUCUCGUACGCGAGCCGUGCGCCGAGGAGCACGCUCGCCCAGUUGCGCCUGCGCCACUCCACGCUGUAUGCGCGUUGGCGGUCCGCCUCCUGGUCCGCCCACCGCCUGUAGAACUCGGAGAGCGCGAACUCGCUGUCCUCGGCGGAGCACGCGUCGGGGAGGCUGUCGAGGAAGGCGCGCUUCGCCGCGUUGAAGCGCAGGUUGCUCUGCACGGUCGUCAGACUGCGGUGCGC